CAUCUAAGGGGUGGUGAAAAUCAUCGGGGGGGGGCGGAGCUUGCCUUCUUCUCCUUUUUGGUCAAAUCACUCAGAGCUGCACCAUGGUGAGUAGGUGUCUUAAAGUUCUCUGCUUUGCAAAUAUUUAAUAUCAUAAUUACAUUAUACAUUGCAUAUUUCAUUUCUGUUGUCAGUGAAAUGUGUAAUUGUUGUAAUUUGUCUUGUAUUAUUUCUGGUUGCAUUAGGAUGCGAGAGAAGAACAGGCAAACAGAGCUGCAGAAUACACGGAAGACCAUUUCAGGUCGAAUGCUUUACUGAUUAUUGACAAAAUGUUGGAACUGAAUUCAGAACAUGCUACAGUGCUCAUGGAUGAGAUUCUUCACAGCAUCUUCUUUUUGGGAAAGAUAAAUGAUCCACAGCAUCCCCCAGAAAGUAUUGUGACUGAUGCCGAAAUGCUGGAUGGUUUAAAGAGCAUCUACCCUCGGCCUUUUGACCACUAUUCCUCUCAACUGCCCAAGCGGAGUCCAUUCUCAUGUGUGCUAGACAUGAUUGUCCUCCUGACUGGACAAGAGAAAGAAGAGGAAAUAAAGAGAAAGGUGCGAGAGAUCACCGAACAACUGAUUAGGGGUAAAGAAAGGCCUCUGAGCUCCUCCACCAUCUGUGUCUCUCAGAUUCCAAAUUCAGAUUUAAAUUCACACAGGUACUAUGGUGUCUCCAUGUCCACUGCUGGGCGUAUUCCUGGUAGAAUCAUGGUUGCUGCGUCCUGUCUUAGCUUCUGGGACAAGUAUGUGGCUGGUGCAGUGAUGACCUACUACCCAAAUAAGGCCAAGAAACGAUAUUUUGAUGGGACCAUCAAACUGCCAGAGAAUGUCAGGUGCAAGGCGUUUAAAAUCGUUCAAGGUACACCCCUGCAUCAUUGCAGAUCAUGUAAGAAUUUGUUUUUUAAAACAAAUGAACGAUAUGAGUGGGCCUACGGUAACUGUGCUGAAGUUGAAAGUCUGAGCAACUUGUUUAAGAAUGUUGAAGAAGUUAGAGAGCAAGCAAAACCAACAUCGGUGAAUAGCACAGAGGAGAACAGGAAGAAAGCUGAAGAGAGUGUCAAGAAAGAGCUUAGACGUCUGCUGAAACAGAAGAAAUUUAAAUGGGAUGGAGAAUUCUUCACCCCACAACAUCCUCAACAGAAUGUAAAGAAGUAACGUUCAGUGCGACGCUUGUAACCGGAAAUGAAAUGAUAUUAAAUAUUGUAAGUAGAAUUGUUGCUUUAUUGUAACUUGACCAGAGAGAUUUUCUUUUGAUAAAAGUAUUUACUGUAACAUUAAAGAUACAAAUACAUUUAUGGAGAAGAUUGUAAACCAAAAAGUGAGUCAGCUGUUUAAAUGAAGCAAGCAGAUGAUAUAUUAAACAUGUCAUUCAUAAUAAAAUUACACUGGUGUUAACUCAAAUGCAUGAUUUGUUUUGAUUUCAUGUCCUGCAACCUGAAAGAAGUCAUCAUUUGCCAAAGAGAUGAUAAUUAAAAGCAUCAGGACGGAUCUUAACAGGAAAGAAAA